AAGUUAGAGCAAUAAUGGUGGAUACGAUAAGUUGAUCGUGGCAAUCUAUUUUUCACAACAAAAACGAGUAAUUUUAACAUCCAAAUAGAAUUACCCCCAUCACAUAAACAAAAAUCAUCAACCAAAUCUUGUCGAGAAACCCAAAAUCUAUCUUUUUGCCGCCGCAUCUCUCUUUAUCUAUACCCUUUUUUCUCGCACACGAGCCCACUAAAUCAUCAGCGCCACAACGGCAACCGGGACAAUGAGAUGGGACGAAUUGGAAGGCGAUUUUAUGCAUCACAACGAAGAGCAAGAAACCCAACAACAAGAACAACACGACUCUUCGUAUCUCAAUUUUGAUUCCUUAUCUCUCAUUUCUAAGCCCAAGGAUUAUUAUCGAAUACUUGAGGUGGAUUAUGAAGCUACGGAAGAAGAAAUUCGUUCAAACUAUAUUCGAUUAGCUCUGAAAUGGCAUCCAGACAAGCAAAAAGGCGAAGAUGGCGCCACAUCGAAGUUUCAAGAGAUAAACGAGGCAUACCAAGUUCUAAGUGAUCCUAUCCGGAAACAAGAGUACGACAAGAAAGGAAUGCUAUAUCUUUAUGAUUACAACAUCGUUGAUUACCUCAACCGUUACAAGGGACUUAUCUUAACGUGCAACGGGCUUGGGAUGAAGACCUCGAUAUUGUGAAAGAUAAAGAGUUUAAUGGUACAUAUGGUUGGAUGUUAUCUUUAGAAGUGAUGAAGUUGCAGUUUUAGAUUUAUUACUACUACUACUACUACUGAUGACUUACUAUGUAAAGCUUUGUAUCACUCUUGAUUUUAUGAUGGUUGAAACACCCAUUUUCACAGGCUUUCUUCCACAACUGGAAUUCACAAUUCCAAAGGGCAUGAGUGAUUCUGAUGUUACUACUUUGGAUAUGUUUGGGAAUUUAAAUUGAUGUUUUGAUAAUUGUGGAGUUUUGUCUUCAAA